AUGAGGAUUUUCUCUGCUUUGCUCUGGAUUCUUUUCCCAGGCUGCUGGGCGGUGACGGGCCCCGGGGCAGUGCGCGGCCCCGCGGGCGGGUCGGUGGCUGUGCGGUGCCGGUACCGGGCGGGCUAUGAGGAUUAUCAGAAGUUCUGGUGCCGGGAAGGAGGAAGUUGGCGCUGUUCCAACGGGCGUCACAUCGUCGAGACCGACGGGUCGGAGGCGGAGGUGACGCGGGGCAGAGUCUCCAUCCGAGACAAUCGCACCCAGCGCGCGUUCACCGUGACCGUGGAGAACCUGACACCGGCAGACGCCGGCACGUACCACUGCGGGGUGGGGAGAACAGGGCUCCUUGAUCUCAGGGCCACUGUGACACUCUCCGUCUCCCCAGCGGUUUCUACCUCACCACCGACGACACCAGAAAAGGACCUGACCGUUGCCACCUCCCCAUGGACUGUUCCUGAAAUAGAAAUAUCCACCUUCUCCUUUAACAGUAGUCAUGCUCCUGCUGGUACACCAAACCUCGUCCUCUACACCCUGAUCCCAUCCGUCCUGCUGGUUCUGCUUUUCAUUGUGUUCAUUGCUGUAAAGUUUAGAAGAGCAUCGCAGAGGAGGAGAAAAGCCCUUGAGGACACACCAGGACAAAAGGAUAAGAAUGCCUAUCUCUGUAACACGAAUCCUGGGCACAAGCCUCCCUUCAGUGCAUCAGAUUCUGCUGCCACGGGCCAGAUGGCAAUCUAUAUGAACGAGCAGAACCUGCCCAGCUCAGAUGAUCCGGCGUCCAUCUAUGAAAACAUGAUCCCGCAGAAGAGUCAGAUUUCAGGACAGAGAAAAGCAGUUUUUUCUGGCCCACAGGACUGCUCAGCCACAGAUCAGCAGGACACCUACGUCAAUAUCUGCCCAAUCACACCUCGUCCCCCCAUGAUGUAUCAUCAAGCAAAGUGUGGGAGAAAAGCUGUAGGUUGA